GGGAGACGGAGCGGGAUGGGACGUGCUGUACGGGUGGGCUUGAGGGCGAGGCUGGUCUGGCUGGGUUUGGUGUCAGUCGCGAUUUGGCACCGUCCGGCCAUGGGCGAGAUUCACGAGGUGCCGGAUGCCCCCGUGAGCUUUUCAGACUGCCCUUCCGUGCGCUUCUCCAUCAAAUAUGCGCCUGCCGCGCCAGGGGAGGAGGGCGCCAUUCCAAAGCUUGAGAUUGUGCCGGAACAAGCCUUGGCGGCCAACUACGAGGAAACCCCGACCCACCCCACCAUGUUUGCGCUCAUGAUCACGGGCAAGGAUCAGGCCCACGAAUACUUUGCCCGGCACUCGAUGCUCUCUUUUGCUCAUCAAUCAGCCGCUCGCAAGGUUCUCGUUGUCAUCAACGACUCGCCCAACUACACCCUCACCGGGCCGCCCGCCGCUUGGCUGUCCGAGGCGAGCCCCGGCAUCAUGAGCGAGCCCCCGCAUUGCGUCGUCGAGGUGCGCAUUGAGCCUGGUCGAUAUACGCUGGGCGAUUUGCGCAACAUUGGCAUCAACGCCGUGCCCCUGGGCGGUGUAUGGGUGCAAUGGGAUGACGACGACUGGCACGAGCGCCAAUACAUGCGGUUAAAGGCAGAGAAGAUGGCAAGCGAGCACAAGCACGCCAUGACCAUCAAGUCUCAAAUUCGUUACUUUUUUGCCAAGAACAGCAGCUACGUUUAUGCCCCGAAAAGCGGUUUCGGUAUUGAGGGCACGGUGAUGGUCUUCAAGACCCCUACUGUGGCGCCCAUCCAAUACCGCGCCCAAGGGAAAUCAGAGGAUUCGUUCUUCAUCAUGGAUAUUCGUCGGGCCAAGGUCCCUUCCGGCGUGUGGGACAACCCCCCCAACCUCUACUUUCGCUUUUUUCACGGCAUCAAUACUUGGAAUGGCGUGCACUACCAGAUCAACAAGCUACCCGGCGACAACGCAUGGUGCAGCGAUCUAGAGACACAGACGUUUGGCUGCGAGUCUGAAAUGGACAACGAGCUGCAUCACUUUGUUCGCAGAACCUAUGUCGACGUUGCUGCAGCCCUUGCGGCUGCCCCCAAGGAAGCCUAA